AUGGACAAAGUUUACAAUAAAACUGUCGGUGCUUUGAACCGGUUCGGUGAUCAACUCGAACGACAUCUUGCCGUCGAUGGCCAUGCAAGAUCCAAAUCAGGUAUGAUGUUUGGCUCCAAUGGUGGAUUAUUCUUUAAUCGUCAAUUGGAUCAAAGAAAUCAUGGAGCUAGUUUAUAUCCAUCAAAAUCAAGAAAUUUCAGUUUUGGGAACAUGAGAAAAGUUCCCAUGGGCUCAUUAGGUCCCAAUGCUGGUUACAGCGCUUUCAAUCAAUUUCGACCAAAUGCAAUGCGUAAAUCUGCCAAUGUCAAUGAUCGUCUUGAUAGACCAUUAUAUCCAAGCAAAAGCGCUGCACGAUUAAAUUACGGCAUGAAGGUACAAAAUGACGGAUUUGCCGAUCCAAUGGGAGGUAUGGGAGGCAUGGGCGGUAUGGGCGGUAUGGGCUGUUGUCCACCACCACCCGUAGUUGGAUGUGCUCCAAACUAUUAUGUUGCUGAACGUCGACAACUCGAACUGAUUCCCGCACCGCCGCCACAAAUUAUUCAACAACCAGUUCCUUGCCCGGUACCAGUUGAUCGACCUGUGCCAGUGCCAUGCCCCGUUCAAGUUCCUUGCCCAGUGCCAGUUGAUCGACCAGUGCCUGUUCCAGUUCCUUGCCCAGUUGCAGUCGACCGGCCGGUUCCUGUUCCUGUACCUGUCUGCGUUCCUUCACCACCACCACCACCGGUUUGUGUCCCAGUUCCAACACCAGUUCCAUGCUUGAUACCUUGCUGUUGCCCAACACCUUGUUGUCCACCAUCAUGUUGCCCAAGUCCAUGCUGUCCGUCUCCAUGCUGUCCAUCUCCCUGCUGUCCACCUCAACCAUGUUGUUCUCUUCCUAUGAAUGUAGCACAAAGUCCUAUUGUAUUUGAUCCAACAUCUAAUUUUAGUCAACGUUUCGGUGGUAGCGGUGUAUCUCUCUCGGGCACAAAUCCAUUCGGAGUGAUUUAG